AUGGACUAUCUCUUCUGGCGGUUACCCAAGGAACCGAAUUUGAAUUAUUUUCCAUGGAUAUUGUGGUAUAUUUGGAAGAAUCGAAACGCUAAAGUUUUUAAGAAUCAGACAAGUACCCCUUUUGAUAUUCUCCGGACUGCGGAGAUAGAAGGUGUUUUGUGGGCAGAAUCUCAGACUGACGAGUCUAUAAAUCGUGCAUCUCUACAUAUUGCAAAUAACCCUUUUCCACAUGGCGUCAACAAGUGCUAUAUUGAUGGAGCAUGGAAGGAACAUGAUCUUUACACGGGGCAAGGAUGGGUCUACAGAAAAGAUGGAUCAACUGAUACUAUGAUGGGUGUUAUGUCUAUUCGCAGGAGUCUAUCACCUUUACAUGCAGAAUGUGGCUUUGAUAUGGGCGAUAGAGUGCAUGAAGACCCUACAAAUCUCAGAGGUGGUGAUUGCAACUGA